AUGAGUGGUGUGGAUGGCUUAUCAGACAAAUUAGUAUUCCGUCUCUUCGCUGGUGGAGGAGGAAAUCAGCGUGAAUUAGCUCGGAAGAGGAAUCAAGCUAAGCAGAAGGAGCUGCAGAAGAAUUCCAGUGCCAAAGAUAAGGGAGGCAACAAAGGCCUUACCUUACAGGAAAGACGGGAAAGGGAUGCUGCCGCUCUUCGUGCCAAAACGGAGAAAAAGAAAGCACAGGAGCAACAGACACAAUAG